AACGCCGGUGGCCAGGCAAGAUGGCCGCGCACCUGUCGUACGGGCGAGUGAAUCUGAAUGUGCUGCGCGAGGCGGUGCGCCGCGAGCUGCGCGAGUUUCUGGACAAGUGCGCUGGGAGCAAGGCAAUUGUGUGGGAUGAGUACUUAACAGGACCAUUUGGACUGAUUGCCCAGUAUUCCCUACUAAAGGAACAUGAAGUGGAAAAAAUGUUCACACUUAAAGGAAAUCGUUUGCCGGCAGCCGAUGUCAAGAACAUCAUAUUUUUGGUCAGACCCAGGCUAGAAUUGAUGGAUAUAAUUGCUGAGAAUGUGCUCAGUGAAGACAGACGGGGCCCUAACAGGGAUUUCCAUAUUUUGUUUGUGCCACGCCGGAGCUUGCUGUGUGAACAACGGUUGAAGGACCUGGGUGUUUUGGGAUCCUUUAUCCAUCGAGAGGAAUACAGUUUGGAUCUCAUUCCAUUUGAUGGGGACCUCUUAUCCAUGGAAUCAGAGGGUGCAUUCAAAGAGUGCUACCUGGAGGGCGACCAGACAAGCCUGUACCAUGCAGCCAAGGGGCUGAUGACCCUGCAGGCACUGUAUGGGACCAUCCCCCACAUCUUCGGGAAAGGAGAGUGUGCUCGGCAAGUGGCCAAUAUGAUGGUCAGGAUGAAGAGGGAGUUUACGGGAAGCCAAAACUCAGUGUUCCCCAUGUUCGAUAACCUCCUGCUGCUUGAUCGCAAUGUGGAUCUAUUAACGCCGCUCGCCACCCAGCUCACAUACGAAGGACUCAUUGAUGAGAUUUACGGCAUUCAGAACAGUUAUGUGAAGUUACCGCCAGAGAAAUUUGCACCCAAGAAGCAGGGUGGUGGUGGUGGAAAGGACCUUCCCACGGAGGCGAAGAAGCUUCAGCUGAACUCUGCGGAGGAGCUUUACGCUGAGAUCCGAGACAAGAACUUCAACGCUGUGGGCUCUGUGCUCAGCAAGAAAGCGAAGAUCAUCUCCGCAGCCUUUGAGGAGAGGCACAAUGCCAAGACAGUGGGGGAGAUUAAGCAGUUCGUUUCCCAGCUGCCCCACAUGCAGGCUGCCAGGGGCUCUCUCGCCAACCACACCUCAAUUGCGGAGUUAAUCAAAGACGUCACCACUUCUGAAGACUUCUUUGAUAAGUUAACAGUGGAGCAAGAGUUCAUGUCCGGGAUAGACACUGACAAGGUCAACAAUUAUAUCGAGGACUGUAUUGCCCAGAAGCAUCCGCUCAUCAAGGUGUUGAGACUGGUUUGCCUUCAGUCUGUGUGCAAUAGUGGGCUCAAGCAGAAGGUUCUGGACUACUACAAAAGGGAAAUUCUCCAGACCUAUGGCUAUGAGCACAUACUGACCUUGAACAACCUGGAGAAGGCUGGCCUGCUAAAGGCUCAGACAGGAGGCAGAAACAAUUACCCAACAAUUCGAAAAACGUUACGGCUCUGGAUGGAUGAUGUCAAUGAACAAAAUCCCACAGACAUAUCCUAUGUGUACAGUGGUUAUGCCCCACUCAGUGUGCGACUCGCUCAACUCCUUUCCCGGCCGGGUUGGCGGAGCAUCGAGGAAGUCCUCCGCAUUCUCCCGGGGCCUCACUUUGAAGAACGGCAGCCGCUGCCCACCGGGCUGCAGAAGAAACGCCAACCAGGAGAAAACAGAGUCACGCUGAUAUUUUUCCUCGGGGGUGUCACCUUUGCUGAAAUCGCUGCCCUGCGCUUUCUCUCCCAGUUGGAAGAUGGAGGCACUGAGUAUGUAAUUGCAACCACUAAACUGAUGAAUGGAAGCAGCUGGAUAGAGGCUCUCAUGGAAAAGCCUUUCUAGGGUGUGGAGAGGAGACUGGACAAAUCAGCUUGGAAUGGGCUGUUCUGUGAACAAGUCACUGGAAGGAUGUAAAGCCCAGCCACAAGCUCACAUUGAUGCUUCAUCCUCCCUCCUGCUUAUCUGUGUGCUCCCUAAUCCUAAAGAAAGGAGGAUCGCCUUGGGUAACACUGAGCUGGGUGUGGUGGCGCAUGCCUAUAACCCCCCACUUAAGAGAAAGACAGAGGCAGGAGGAUUGCUGCAAGCUUGAGGCCAGCCUGGACUGAAUAGUGAGUUUCAGACAGAAGCCUCCCUUACCAAAAUAAAGGAGACUCUGAUUUGGA